GUGUGUUCGGAGUAGAUGGUGGUGGUGGCGGGUAGCGGAUCGCAGAACUGGCGGGUGGAGAGGAGGGGAUAACGGAGGUUCUUCAAUCCGAAAGUUGUGAGAUCGACAAUGAACUUCAACAAGACUUGACCAGAUUACAUUCGCUAAAUGAUUUGAAGCUCUCCGGUUUUGAUUUCUUUGUCAAGCAGGCAGCUAGGUUAGUUUGUAGGCCUCAAGCCUCGGGAUAAAGUUGUCGUCUGAUCCUGAGAUUGGGAAUCCAAGAAGGGACUGGCGUGAGAGAGCUACCUCGGACAAUUGGGAAUCCCUGUUCGGAAACUAUUGGGGAUCGAUGCUUGGAAGAACUAGCUAGUGGUAUAUGAGUGGAGUCGUUUUUUAAUUGUUUAAACGGCAGCUCCGGAGGCGUUGAUGCAUAUUGGCAAAGUUAAAGGGACUAGCUAACUAGUUAAUCGCCCCUACAGACAAUGUCCCAUUGCUGCUAGCUUGCUGGCUAGCUGAUUUUGCUAGCAAAGGAAUGGAUGAAUGGGCAACCGCUUGUAAUGCUCGGAUUUAAACAGCUGGUUGAUGACCUCAGUGUUAGAAAUCAUUUGUGUAGUUAGUUAGCAACUGUGUAAAUAAUAGAGCAUACUAGAACAAACAUCGAUUUUUAUUUUGCUGUACAGCCAGAAAUCUGAUUCAUGGUGCGGACGGAGCACACACUCAGAUGGACAGGAGUGCAAUUUAUUGACAUUACUGGUCAGCAAUUUAGUUUAUAAUUUAAGUGUUUCUCUCAUCUGUUUUCAUUAUCGACUUGUUUUUUUAGAAUCAUAGGACAUAGCUAAAUCAUAGGCUUAUGUAAUGUAGUUGUAUGUAGCUGUAAAGCUAGCUAUCUGGCAUCCUUGAUUUGAAGGAAUUUUGCACUACUUAAAUAGUGUUGAGGUUAUCCCUGGUUUGGAAUGGGGAAUACGGUAUCAUGCUGCGUGUCGCCCGAGGGGAGCCCAAAGCUACCAAGGCAACCGGCGGACCGCCAUGAAGACUACCAAAUAAUCACGGACGUGAGUGAUGACACCGGCCCGUACCUGCAGCACAUCAGCGACAGAGAGGUGCCAGACGAACUGGCCCAGGAGUCCAACCCAUCAGACCAUGCCCGAGCCAGCACAAUCUUCCUCAGCAAGUCCCAGACAGACAGUGAAUUGCGAGACAAGAGGAAAAGCAAUCACAUAAACCAUGUUAGUCAUACCUCUCCUGGCCCUCUCUCUAAGAAGUACAGUUCCUGUUCCACCAUCUUUAUAGAUGACAGCACGGUCAGCCAGCCUAACUUGAAAAGCACAAUAAAAUGUGUCACAUUAGCAAUAUACUACCACAUUAAAAACAGGGACUCCGACAGGUCACUGGACAUUUUUGAUGAGAAGAUGCACCCUUUAUCGAGAGAGCAGGUUCCUGAUGACUACUCUCGUACGGACCCUGAGCACAAACUCAUCUACCGCUUUGUCAGAACUCUGUUCAGCGCUGCACAGCUCACUGCGGAGUGUGCCAUCGUCACCUUGGUGUACCUGGAGCGUCUGCUGACCUACGCUGAGAUAGACAUCGGUCCGUGCAACUGGAAGCGUAUCGUACUGGGCGCCAUCCUGCUGGCGUCUAAGGUGUGGGACGACCAGGCCGUGUGGAACGUAGACUACUGCCAGAUCCUCAAAGACAUCACUGUGGAGGACAUGAACGAGAUGGAGCGUCACUUCCUGGAGCUGCUGCAGUUCAACAUCAACGUCCCGGCCAGUGUUUACGCUAAGUACUACUUUGACCUGCGAUCUCUGGCCGAGGACAACAACCUCUGCUUUCCCCUCGAGCCACUCGGCAACGAGAGGGCACAGAAACUGGAGGCCAUCUCCAGACUGUGUGAAGACAAGUACAAGGACCUGAGCCGAGCGGCCAUGAGGAGGUCCUUCAGCGCUGACAACCUGGUGGGCAUCCGCCGCUCCAACGCUGUGCUCUCAUAGGCCAGCCACACUUCAUCGCUGUUCUCUCAUUAGUCAGCGACACGUCACUCCCAACACUGUUCUCUCAUUGGAUAGCCACACUCCCAACAUUGUGCUUUCACUUGACAGACACAAUGGUCGAGUUCGUUUCGCAUGGCCCUGUGCCCCGGGUGGGUAGAGUUUGCUCAUUUUAGACUAUUCCAUUGGUCCUUGAGUGAAAUCUCCACCCACCCGGAGCACCGAGCCAUGCAAAAUGAACUCCACCAAUAUCUGACCUCUACAGCCCAACCAACACUCCCAGGAUACCCGCCCCAAACCCUCUUACAAACCCCUCUGAGAGACUGGUCAUGGGCAGCACCAUAGGCCCACUCUCCCCUGCCUGUCUCAGACCUUGUGUGCAAAAUCACUUCUUCACUACAUAGAGAGAAAAAAAGACUCUGGGUUUUUUUGGUAUAUAUUUUGUUGUUUUUUUGCUUACUAUGUAGGCUACUAGCUGUAAAAUGUACCUGUUUUUAAAUUGAAAAGAAUUUGCAGAUGGAGUAUUUUAAAUAAACACUAAUCAUGUAACAAA